UUUGCAGGUUAUCCAUCGUUCCUCCUCUUCAUUUCCUACACUUACAAUUAUCUAAACACUUUUUUCCCACAGUGCAUAUAUAUAUGCAUAUAUAUGUAGAGAGAGAGAGAGUCGAUGAUGUGCAAGAGAGGGCAUUGGAGACCUGCAGAGGAUGAGAAGCUGAGAGAAUUGGUCCAUAAAUAUGGCCCUCACAACUGGAACGCCAUUGCCCAUAAGCUCCACGGUAGAUCAGGGAAGAGUUGUAGAUUGAGAUGGUUCAAUCAAUUGGAUCCUCGAAUAAAUCGAAGCCCUUUCACCGAGGAAGAAGAAGAGCGCCUCCUCGCUUGCCACCGUAUUCAUGGAAACCGGUGGGCCAUAAUCGCGAGGUGCUUCCCGGGGCGUACAGACAAUGCUGUCAAGAAUCAUUGGCACGUAAUAAUGGCAAGAAAAUGCCGAGAAAAAUCUAGAGCAUACGCCAAUAGGGCUCAUUCGCAACCUCUAAUCAUCCGAUCACUAAAUAAUAACAACAAUAACAAUAGCAAUAAUCUUUGCGACCAACAAUAUUCGUCGUCUUCCUCAUCAAGGCAUAAUGACCAUCAAAAUGUGAUGAGAUUUUAUCCAAAUGGUGAUGACUUUGUGCAGAAAUUGAGAUGUCCUCAAUGGAGAUUCGAUGAUUUUCGGUAUCCCUUUGGGAGAAAUGAUCUUGCAAUGCAAUUACAAUGGAAGGAUCAUCAACUUCAACAUAAGAAGAAGAUGGAUUAUAGAGAAGCUAGUAAUGGAGUAGAAUUCUACGAUUUUCUCCAAGUGAAUACUGAUUCGAAUAUUAGUCGAGCAGAAGAAGAAGAAGAAGAAGAAAUAGAAGAAAAUGAAGUCGAUCAAAAAACAACAUGCUCAGAAAUUCGAAGAAGUUGUUCAGUUUCUGGAGCUAUGCCAUUUAUAGAUUUCUUGUCACUUGAAGGCUCUUCUUGACUUUAAACCUAUGGUAACAUAACACCCUUUUUAUCAUGAAAUUUUUAUGUUAC